AUGAAGAUAAAAACGAUUAGCAGGAGUUCGGACGACUAUGUGCCUGUUAAGAGCACCCAAGAGUCACAAAUGCCCAGGAAUUUGAAUCCUGCGUUGCAUCCAUUUGAAAGGGCUCGUGAAUAUACGAAGGCUCUGACGGCUACCAAAUUGGAGCGGAUGUUUGCGAAACCGUUUGUGGGUCAGUUGGGAUAUGGACACCGCGAUGGUUGCUAUGUGAUUGCGAAAAACUAUAAUGUUCUAAAUAGGUUGGCUAGUGCAUCAGCGGAUGGUGUGGUCAAAUACUGGAAUAUAUCUACUAGGGAGGAAUUGUGUUCUUUUAAAGCUCACUAUGGGCUGGUUACUGGUCUCUGCGUUAGUCCGCAGCAUAUUGGUAACCAAUCUGAUAGUUACAUGCUAUCUUGUGGUGAUGAUAAAAUGGUAAAAAUGUGGUCCGUGGACAGUGGUGAUUUUAAUAAUGUAAAAGAUGAUACGAAAGUUUUGCACCCUUCAGAUGGAAAUGGGUUGAUCAAAACGUUUUAUGGUGAGCAUGCAUUUCAAGGGAUAGAUCAUCAUAAAGAAAAUACAUCCUUUGUCACUGGUGGGGCUCAAAUAGAACUUUGGGAUAUUAAUAGAAGAAAGCCACUGUCUAAUUUGUCCUGGGGAAUUGAUAAUAUUACAGCGGUGAAAUUCAAUCAGAAUGAAGCAGAUCUUCUGUUGAGUAGUGGCAGCGAUAAUUCUGUUGUUCUUUAUGAUUUGAGAACUAAUUCUCCUACUCAGAAAAUUGUGCAGACCAUGAAAACAAAUUCUAUGUGUUGGAAUCCAAUGGAGCCAUUCAACUUUGUUACAGCCAAUGAAGAUCAAAAUGCAUAUUAUUAUGAUAUGAGAAAUAUGUCUCGUGCGUUGCAUGUGUUUAAGGAUCAUGUUAGUGCCAUAAUGGAUGUAGACAUCUCACCUACUGGUGAAGAGAUUGUCACUGGUUCAUAUGACAAGACUAUAAGAAUAUUCAAUAUAAAACACGGCCAUUCUAGAGAGGUGUAUCAUACAAAGAGAAUGCAGCAUGUCUUCCAAGUUAAGUUUACCAUGGAUAGUAAGUAUAUUGUGAGUGGAUCCGAUGAUGGUAAUGUAAGACUUUGGAGAUCAAAUGCCUAUGAAAGAUCAAACGUUAAAUCAACUCGUGAGAAAAACAAACUUGAAUAUGAUGAAAAAUUGAAAGAAAGAUUUAAAUACAUGCCAGAGAUCAAAAGAAUCAGCAGGCAUAGACAUGUUCCAAAGGUUAUUAAGAAAGCUCAAGAAAUUAAGAGGGUUGAAUUAUCAUCUUUGAAAAGAAGGGAAACCAAUGAAAGACGUACGAGGAAAGAUAUGGAAUUUGUACCUGAAAGAAAGAAACAGAUUGUUGGAACUGUUCACCGAUACGAGGAGGCAAAGAAAAGAAGCAAAGAUGAGAGAGAUGCGAUGCAAGAAUCAGAUGCGGAAUAA